AACCAUGCUCAAGCUUGCUUUCGUUACUUUCCUUUUUGCUUUGGCUUCUGCUAGACCACAAGAUGUCGACUCUAAUAGAGUUGUAGCUCUUCCACAGGACAACUUCGAAGUGACUGAUAUUGGUUUCGAGAAGAUCAAGGCCGAGCCAGCUCCGGAAGUUGUGAACAAUGAUGCUUCAUAUGCCUACGCAGUUGAUAUUUCUGUUCCAACAACAGUUUCUCAAAUGAACUGCCUCAAGACAUCCAGAUAUGCAGCUGUUUUCAUCAGAGGUUUCACUCCAUUUGGAUCUGGAGCAUUCGACACAACUUCAGUCACUUCUAUCAGAAAUGCUUAUUCUGCUGGAUUGGGAAUUGAGGUCUACAUGACUCCACAACCACUUUCUUCUCUUCAAGGAUACCAACAACUUGAUGCUCUUUAUAACGGACUUAACGGAAAUGGAAUCACCAUCAGAUCUGUCUGGAUUCAGGUUACCUCCCCAGCCAACUGGCAGAAGUCUGCAACUACUAAUGUGAACUUCCUCAACAGCAUUAUUUCACGAGCCAAGCAAUACGGACUGACUGUCGGAAUCUACACCAACCAAUACGACUGGAGCCAAAUUACUGGAAACUGGGCAACUUUGAGCUCUGAUGUUCUUCUCUGGUAUUGGCAUGUUCUUGGAGGUGGUGUUACUGGAGAGACUCCAGCUACUUUCGAUGACUUCCGUGCAUUCGGAUCUUUCAAGAAGGCUUCUGUUAAGCAAUUUGCUCAAGUUGAGUCUGUCUGCUCUUUGACCGUCAAUCGUGAUGUUUACGUUGUUGGAAUCCCAGCUGCUGCUUCAUCGAAAAACACUGAUUUUUUCACUCAAGAGGACAUCAGCAGCAACAACAAAAAGAUUGUUGUUGGAGGAGUCAUUGGAGUCUAAAAUAUUUAUGUUGUGAUCUCUUACCUAUUUGUAUUAUUUCAAUAAACAAUCCUAGCUU